CAGCCAUGUCCGCCCACCACCGAAACGUGAACAAGCUCGUCGUAGUGAAGAAAUUGACUGACAUUUCCUACCCGAUUGAACAAAUAGUGAGAGCUGAGUUAGAAUCGAACAACAAGGGCUUCCUGACGCUGCUGGGAGAUGGGAGGUUGAUAUUAACGGCUUGGAUUAACAAGAAAGUGACCUCGAAGAUUGUGGAAGAUGCGUCAGACGCCUGCUGGCAGCGCGGGAGGGAGAGCGAAGUUAUCAUUGUGUGUCAUAAUGGAGCCUUGGUACGAUAUUCUCUACACUUUGACACAGGGUUGUCUUGCUCAUUGCAACUCUCAGCCCCAUCACUUCUCUCACUUAUUAGGGAAAAAGACUCAAGCGUGCGAUCACUCCGAAGCCCCAAGAUAUGGGGCUACACUCUAGAACACAUUCUUCUACAGCCACAGAGCGACCGGCUUGUUCUCCUUGCAACUAAUGCUGGAGGACGACCAACAGCCCAGGGUGUGCUGCGCACGCCCCCACUUCGCACAGCUCAUCUCAGUAAUGAUAAGAUAUUGGCUCAGCCCGUGACAGGAUCUGACUUGUCUCACGGAGAAUCUCUGAAAAGAAAUCGAUCACAGGGACUAUAUCAGCAAGAAUUCUACCAAGGUAAUUUUUCACCUGCCAUUUUUCACAUCUCGGAUCAACAGUCCCGUACAGUGAGCUCACGGAGAAUCUCUGAAAAGAAAUCGAUCACAGGGACUAUAUCAGCAAGAAUUCUACCAAGAAAUAGCGAAAAUGAAAGAAAACAGAUGACGUAUGAGGUAUAUUUGGUUGGCAAGAGACAAACAACAGGACACAGAACAGGUUUUUCACUUCUUGUCUUCAGUGAUACAGAUAUUCGCCAUGAACAGAUAAUGGAACAAUAUGAAAUGCUGAAGGGAAAAAGCAAAUCCAAGUACUCCAGAUGA